GAAAGCUGUCAUUCUGCCCAUAGAGGAGAAAUUGGUCCUGCAUCUCUCUGCAGGGGAGUGGGAGAUUUGGAGAGGGGAAUGCACAGUAAAUAUGUUUUCCUUCAUAUUAGCGAAAUGUUUCCGACUGGAUUGAAGGAAAUGGGAUACGACAGGAUGGGCAUAUUCGCUUACAUCUGCGGAAUGUUGGACGUGCGUCAGUGAGAAAUGCCGAGUGUUUUUCACUGUCGGUGUUAGCUAACGCAAAAAAAAAAUACAAGAUGAAGAAGCAAUUCAAUCGAAUGCGACAGCUCGCCAACCAAACAGUUGGCAGGGCGGAAAAAACAGAAGUGUUGAGUGAGGACCUUCUGCAGGUGGAGAAACGCCUGGAGCUGGUGAAGCAGGUGUCCCACAGCACUCACAAGAGGCUGACCGCCUGCCUGCAAGGACAGCAGGGGGCAGAAGUGGACAAGAGGUCCGUCAAAUCCCCUUCGAAAAAGCUUCCCCUUACCACACUGGCACAGUGUCUGCUAGAGGGGGCUGCAGUGCUGGGAGACGACUCUCUGUUGGGGAAGAUGCUGAAGCUGUGUGGAGACACCGAAGACAAGCUGGCCCAGGAGCUCAUCCUCUUCGAAUUUCAGAUUGAACGCGAUGUGGUCGAACCGCUCUAUGUGCUGGCUGAGGUGGAGAUCCCCAACAUCCAGAAACAGAGGAGACAUUUAGCCAAGCUCGUCCUGGAUAUGGACUCCUCAAGGACCCGGUGGCAGCAGUCCUCAAAGUCCUCAAGCCAUCCCAGUAACCAGCAGCAGGGCGGGGCCAAAGCCGACCAUCUCAGGGAGGAGAUGGAAGAGGCAGCCAAUCGGAUGGAGAUCUGCAGGGAUCAAUUAUCAGCAGAUAUGUAUAAUUUUGUGGCCAAAGAAAUAGACUAUGCAAACUACUUCCAGACGCUAAUAGAAGUGCAGGCAGAGUACCACAGGAAGUCUUUAGAGAUCCUGCAAAGUAUCCUGCCUCAGAUCAAAGCUCAUCAAGAGGCCUGGGUGGAGAAGCCUUCGUUUGGGAAGGCGCUGGAAGAGCACCUGACGGUCAGCGGUCGCGAGAUCGCCUUCCCCAUCGAGGCCUGCGUGACCAUGCUGCUGGAGUGCGGCAUGCAGGAGGAGGGCCUGUUCCGCGUGGCUCCUUCGGCCUCCAAGCUGAAGAAGCUGAAGGCGUCACUGGACUGUGGCGUCCUGGACGUGCAGGAGUAUUCCGCUGACCCCCACGCCAUCGCGGGGGCACUGAAAUCCUACCUACGUGAGCUCCCAGAACCAUUAAUGACCUUUGAUCUCUAUGAUGAGUGGAUCCAGGCUUCAAAUAUUCAAGAUCAGGACAAGAGACUGCAGGCGCUGCUGGCAGCUUGUGAGAAGCUACCCCCAGACAACAUCAACAAUUUCAGGUAUUUGAUCAAAUUUCUGGCCAAGCUGACGGAGUACCAGGAUGCCAACAAGAUGACGCCAGGCAACAUAGCCAUUGUCCUGGGGCCCAACCUGCUCUGGGCUCAGACUGAAGGGAACAUCACAGAGAUGAUGACCACUGUGUCCCUGCAGAUAGUGGGAAUCAUUGAGCCUAUCAUCCAGCAUGCUGACUGGUUUUUCCCUGGAGAGAUCGAGUUCAACCUGACGGGGAACUAUGGCAGCCCUGCCCACACUAACCACAACUCCAACUACAGCACCACGCCCUCCCCCGACAUGGACCACGCCGACCGCAAGCAGCACGACCAGGGCCGACGCCCGCUCAGCGUCGCCACCGACAACAUGAUGCUGGAGUUCUAUAAGAAGGAUGGUAUGGGGGUGCGCGUGAUGGACACCUCGUGGGUGUCACGGAGGGGCUCCUCCACUUUAGCGCGCAAGGCCUCCUCCACCCCCCCGAGCGUGCAGACGCCCACUGCGUCCGCCGACUCGCUCAUCCCCGAGCAGCCCGGAGAGCUGUCUGCCUCCCCCUCCCCCACACCCCCGCCCACAGCCGGAGACCGGGCUGGCUCCGAUGACGGGCCGUCCCACGGAUCAGAGUCCUGUUACGUGUACCCGUCCCCUGGGGAGAACAGGCCGCCUCCCCCCUACCCCACCUCCCACCACUACUACCCCAAAGUCCCGCCCUGCCCUCGCCCCGUCGCUCCCGGCCCCGAGUCCAUCCCCCCGGGGGACUCCCCCCCUCCGGUCCGCUGGGCCACAGCCAGCCCCCCCAUCCUGGCCCCCUCCUCCUCACCCCCCCAGCAACUGGACAUCAACUCCAACCCCAAACCCAGCUGCCUGCACCUGCCCAAACCCAGCUCCCUCUGCGACGCCCCCCACGCCCCCCCACCCGAAGCCAGCGCCGCCAAACCGCUCCCUGUGCUGUCCCGGAUCGACCCCUCCCUCGGAGGGCCCUCCAGCCUCUCCCAGUCUGCCCCCCCACCAUGGGGAGCCUGCGCCUGUAUUCGAGAGAGAGGACCCCGACUGGCUGGUUCAUUGAAGAACAAGGAGCUCUCUCCCAUGGUUGGCCACAAGGGCAUCCAGGUGCCAGGUCCCACAGUGCCCCCUACUGUCUGUCCGCAGGGCAGCACCCAGUCACAGCCCAGUGAACAUAGCCCUCACACUUUGCGCAAAGUGUCGAAGAAGCUGGCUCCCAUCCCACCAAAGGUGCCGUACGUUCAGUCAGGGGGGGUGUCAGACCAAUCGACGGGCCACCCGUCACCGGUCAGCCUGUCCCCUACCCCGCCCAGCACCCCCUCCCCGUACGGACUGGGAUGCCCCCCGGGUUACGCCACCAUGUCCUCCCCCGGCCAGCCUCCCCCCCCAGGGGCGUCACACUCCCUGUCCUCCCCACCCUCGCUGACGGGCACGCUCACUAAAUCCCGCCCCGCCCCGAAGCCCAGGCAGAGGCCCAGCCUGCCCCCCCCUCAGCCCCCCACCGCCCCGGGACUGUCCAGCACCAGCCCCCAACCUAUGGAUCACACCCUGCUGGACACCAUGGCCCCCGGAGAGAGUAUGUCCACAGCAGAUAUCUUUAGCCUGGAAAUCCCCUCCUUCAGUGUUGAGUUGGACAGCCUCCUGGAUGAGUUCAGGGUCGCCCCCUGCAGGAAGUCUGUGGCAAUGACGGAUGCACCAGAGGGCAAGGCUGAGCCGGAGGAGCCUGAGAACACGUUGCUAUGACAGCCGAAUUCCCACCCCCCCCAGCCACAAACCCCCCCCCCGCCCGCACACACACACGCACACACUCUCCAGCUGUAUAUAAGAGAAUCUUUCCUGCUGAGGCUCCUGGAGAAUCAUGAUUCAUCUGGAAGGAGAGUUAGAUCCUCUAUUGUCUGGAAAAGUCUAAUCUCUAUAGAUAAUAUAUAAAUAAAGUAUAUAUGUAUGAGAAUAUGACUAUGAAUACAGCAAACACCAUGGAAAAGACUGAACAUGGGAGCCAUGUUUCCAAGUGAACCAUGUUACACAGUAUAUUUUGUUGACUGUUUAUUCUACUGCUUUGUGUUUAUAUCCGUUUUUACUUUGCGGAAAUGCAUUUUUAGUUUAACUUUUGUAUUUUUUCAGUUUUUUUUGUUUGUUUUUAUAUGCCUUUUUUGUUUUCUUUUUUAUUUGCCUUAUAUAUUUUAGGAAAUGUUUUUGCCUUUAUCUGCACAAAAUUCUUCAAGAAAACAAGAUUGGCUCCGCUGUAUGGGUGGAGUCUUGAGGAACUACACUUCCCAUGUUGCACUGCUUCAUCUGUUGAGCUCUUGUGGUCUGCCCCUGUCCCAGUGCUGGGUAGUUCAUUGAGAUUCUGUGCUGACUACACCAAUGCAGGAAACUGCACGUAGAAACCUGCAACAGCAAAAUUAACUGGACCUCUUCAGUGGAAUGAAAUGUGUUCAGCAGAACUCACUGAGGGGAGCUGCUUCAGCCUAUGGCAUUCAGCUGAGUUUCACUGGAUCUACUGGACGCAAAUCAAAACAGCCUCCUCAAAGUGUACACUGGGGGCAGUGAAUCUUAGUGGGGUGCUUGGUGAUGUGAAUGUCUUCAGUAUCAGAGGAAUGUAUCAAAGAUCACUCUACUCGAGAAGUAGAAUAUAUCAUCUUUGACUGUACUGUACAUAGAAUGUGUUGAAUUGAACUAUCUGUGGUUAUAUGAGUUUUAUGUGUGGCUGCAACCAUUAGGGGCAUAAACAGACUCCAUUUGAACAAAGUGAAUGGAUAAAAAAUGAAAAAAACCUGGGCUGGAUUGGUUUUCCCAGAUCUCUCACAACAGCCUCCUUUGCUCAGGUCUUGUCCCACCUGUGGAAAACCAGCCCUCAUCCCAAAGUCUGCCCCCCCCCCCCCCAACCACCACCACCAAUAUUUGCCAUAAUCUUCACUGCUGCCCAGUUGGAACCUUGAAGAACCAAAACAAAACAAGAAAAAUAACGACAUGAAAACUUGAACCUUUGAGCGAAAGCAGGAAGCCUACCUUCCCCCGGGGUUUCUUAACAGGUAAGGUGUACUUCCUGUUGCCCAGGAAGCUGCAGUGGAUUGUGGGGGUUUUAGUGCUUGAUUUUUUUUUUUUGUGUGAGGGACUGCUUUUUUUAUGCUGCUUUUCUCCGCCUGCAAACAGCGCGUAACUGUAAAAUGUCCCCUGCGCUGUGGUGUUAAACUGUUCUCUCAGUUAAUGCUAUAGCUGUUUGACUCUCACAACUGACGCUCACAAAGCAUGCACACUCACGCGUACACACUCUUGCUCUGCCUUGGCUCUGCUUACACAGAAACACUUUCACACCUUGUCCACAGCAGACCUUGAGCCAGGCUGGUGUAGACAGGUGCCAAAGUCGAACUAACCCAGUGUGGCGUGUUCACCUUUUUCGUAAAAAAUGUCCACAACCAGAGCCCGGGAGAGGUGCCUGUCUGAAAUUUCCUGCAGUCUGAGACUGAGUUCUCACACUUCAAAGUCCUAAAAUUUAGAUAGAAGUAAAAAUUGAAUUGUUUGGUUGAGAGACAGCAAUGAUCUUGAAGAGCUUAAAGACACGUGCAGCUUAGCAUUUUGCUAGUGAAGCUGGUGUAGUUAGCUGAUCCCAAGGCAUCAUGGGAAACCACAGAAAAGCUGGCAAAACAGGGAACCAAGUGGGCUGGCCUGGCUCCAGCUCUGCAGUGGAAACAAUGCGAUUAAUGUACUUGCAGGGAACAGGGUCCUCUUGAUGUGUGAGUGGGGUUUGUAGUUCCAGGAACUGGAUGUGCAGUCUUUGUAGUUUCCUCAGGAGGUCAGCUGAAAUUUAUUUGUAGUUCAUAAAUAGUGGAAAGUAUGAAUAUUUCUUGGGAAUGUGAUGCAAUAUAUGGAAAUACAUAAUUGUUAUAAUUAUUAUGAUAGUAUUUAUAAUACAUUUACAUUUAUUUUAGGGGAUAUUUUUCAAUUGAAGUGUUUAAAUGAGCAAGCUAAUAGUGGUGCAGAGUGGACAUUGUUGCCAUCUGCUGCUGAACGGAACCCUGAGAACCGAUUCUUUAGAACCCCGCCGGUAGAACCGGAUCUUGCCAGGCCUUCGGAAGCUGAAGUACUGUGUGAGGUCAUGCCUACAGAACCCAACAUGCAAAAUCCGGCCUUCAGAAACUAAACUGUGAAACCAGCUCAUUGGGACUUGAUGCUUAGGACACACACCCAUAGACCCAAGACCCUCAGAACCCAAUGCAAGAAAUAUGGAAGCAUGCCUUCAGAAUCUAAACUACAUAAGAACCAAGCCCUCGGAAUUUAAAGAACCAGUCCCACCGUUUAAAAAAAAAAACUGGAAUUUAAAGCACAGAACCCCCCUUAGAACUGAGCCUCUAGAGCCCGAGCUCCACGACUGAGGGAGGGAGAGGUGACGGAGGGCUGAUCUGCAGGAAAGAGGGGGACUCGCCUCUGAAGGGACACCGGCUACGUCCCCGCGUGCGUCCAAACAUCGCUCUGUCAAGUCUCUCAGUCCCGAGAGACGGGUGGAUUCAAACCACUCUCACUGCCUUCAAAUGCUGCUCUCUCUACCCUUUCAUCUCAAGUGCUUCAGCUUCAGAGCUUGCCCCAGGCACAGUGUGAAUGCAUACCAUUGUACAUAUACACGUGUUUACCUACCUGCAGGGAAAAUAAACCUGACAAAAAAAAAUAGAUAAAUAUAUAUAUAAAUAUGAACAUAUGUGUAAAUAUGAAAGGUAGUGCUUUUUGUGUUCCUGACAAAAUAUUGCUAGACUCACAGCUAUUUAGAAAAUGCAUUAAGCUUUUGCCCAGUAUGCAACUUUGUGGCUGCAGUGUACAAAUGUUAUGGUGAGAAUGAAUAAAAUUACCUGACUUGGUACUUACCCUAGUUAAUUAGGACUUUCUGACUGAAAAUCUGAACAUUUUGGUGAAGUUUGAGGGUGCAUAAGGAGACCUGAGUGGACAGCCUUUUAUUUUUGAGGUGCGCUUAUAAAAUUUUCUCUCACCUCAAUUGCAGAACUGUAAAAUUCACAUUCCCUCAUCUAGAGUUGUGAGAAUAAUCGCUGGAGUAUUACACAUGCUUUUAAAUUUCACUGGCUCAUUUUUAUUCGGAGCUAUAAAAACAACACUCUCUAGCUAUAAUCCCAAAUCAUGAAUUGCACUUUUAUUCUCCUUUAAAAAUGCAUUCCCUCGCUGAAACCAGGCAUUGUGGGAUUCAUACUCUGACUUAUAUCCAGAGUUGCAAAAUUUGCUCUGUCGCUCUCACCCAGAAUUGUAAAAUUCAUUCUCACUUUUUUUUCCGGAGUCUGGAGAACCUAUUAAAAUUUUAACAUGCGCGUUUUUGUCGCAGAUGUUCGUCCAUCUAUUCAUUUUUACAUUCCAUUUGUUCUCCACUCCCCGCAGUUUGGAAGGGUGCACACAACUGAUGCAGGUGGUGCAUGACCGUUAGGGUUCACCUAAACUUGACCCAACUUAAGUUGGCCUUAUCUCAUCUGCCAUCCUGUAAUUAAAAUGCCCCCAACAAACAGGUUCUUUUAUUUUUGUAUCUCUCCAUCUUGUGGGAAGGCCCCCUCCUUGGUGUCUCCAGGAAGUUCAUACUCCAACCCAAUCAGACAGUGGCACCAGCCACAAUCCCAAAGUCAGAAGUCACCUGCCAAUCAAAGUGUUAUUAUUUAUUUAUGGACACCAGACCUAAGACAGCAAAAAUGCACCCUCCCCCCCCCUACCCCAACCCUCCAACAAAGUAAAUUCAUUAUUCUCUGACUUUUUUGAAUACUCUGUGCCAAUUUAAAAACAUUUUUACAGUUUGUUUGUCUGUCUGUUUUUAGGUCACCUGGAAUAACAGGGAAGUAAAGUUGAUAUAUUCUCAAAAACACACACCUGUUGAUUUAGGCUAGGUUUUCCCAGUAUCAUAUGAAUUAUUUAUUCAUAUUGCCGAUGACAAUGCUAAUGACAUGUUGAAAAGUAUUGACAGUGAUAGCAGUGUGUGCCCUUAAUUUUGUUGUGGACGUGAUUAAGGUAAUGGACAAUUUUUCUGUAUACGCACAUCAGUCUGUAAUGAUUUGAUAAACAUGCUGUAACUACAGGGAAAGUUGUCUUUAUAGCCACCCAUGUGUAUGUAUGGAUUGUUGAGUGCAACUUUCUCAGAAGAGGUAAACCCAUGGCAACCAUAUAAAAAAUCAUGAACUGUGGUAGAGAGAUCCAUGCUUUUCCUGAAUGUUCUCUGAAAGAUGGUACAAAUCUCUUUUUUGUCCCAGUGUGUAGGUGGAAUGUGGAAUGUAGUUUAUGACCCUGUAAAAUUCACAAUUCAUCUCUGGCAAUCUGAAAGAUUAAAACUGAAAUGAAACUUGC